AUGAACGAAUUCUCAGUCCCCCUCCUAAUAAACGGCAAAGCUUCAUUCUCUCCAACAACCUUCGAAGUAAUCAGCCCCUACACCAACAAACCCUGCUGGACCGCCGCAGCUGCUACCCCGCAAGAUGCCACCCGCGCCGUCGAAGCUGCAGACGCCGCCUUCCCAAAAUGGUCAACAACAAAACCCACCGCAAGACGUGAUAUCCUACUCAAGACGGCCGAUCUGCUAGAGCAGCGCAUCAAAAUCAAUGCCGAAUACAUGCGCACGGAAAUGGGAGCCGACGUUGGCACUUCAGAGGGGUUCGUGAUCCCACUCGCCAUUCGGAUGCUACGCGAGGUGGCCGGUCGCAUCACCUCCAUCUGUGGGAGUGUGCCUGUGGUGGAGACGGAGGGACAAAGUGCGAUCGUGUUCAAGGAAGCAAUGGGUGUUAUUCUGGGGAUUGUGCCGUGGAACGCCCCUUACGUCUUCGGUAUUCGCUCCGCUGCAUGCGCGCUAGCAGCUGGAAAUACCACGGUCCUCAAGUCCUCCGAACUCACACCGCGCUGUUACUGGGCCAUUGGCCGCGCCUUUGAGGAUGCAGGUCUCCCCGCUGGAUGUUUGAAUAUAAUCUCUUGUCCCCCGCAGGAUGCGGCUGAGGUGGUCAACACCAUGAUUGAGCAUCCGGCUGUGCGCAAGGUCAAUUUCACUGGGAGUACGGCUGUGGGGAGGAGGAUUGCACGCGCCUGUGGGCAGAAUCUGAAGCCUUGCUUAAUGGAGCUGGGUGGAAAGAAUAGCUCAAUUGUCUGUGCUGAUGCUGAUAUCAGCAUUGCUGUGGGUGGUGUGCUUGCUGGCGCUUUUCUCAAUUCGGGUCAGAUUUGUAUGGCCACUGAUCGGAUAUUGAUUCACGCCUCGAUUGCAGCUGCUUUUAUCGACGCGUUAAAAACGGCUUUGGCUACUGGUGCGGGCGCAGAUGCGGACUCUCUUCCGCCGACGCUUGUGAAUACGGCAUCCAAGGCUCGCGUCGAGGCUUUGAUUUCCAGUGCAGUAACAGCUGGUGCGCACUUUAUUUCUGGAUCUGCUGAGACACAUAUUCCCUCGGACUCUGGUGUUCGCAUGGCCCCCUCAAUCCUGGGUGGAGUGAAAGAAGAUAUGUCGCUGUGGCAAGAAGAGUCGUUUGCGUCGGUGGCAGCGUGCAUGGUUUUUGAAGAUGAGAACGAGGCCAUCCGACUGGCUAAUGGGAGCGGGUACGGACUGUCGGCAUCGGUGUUUACAGAGGAUCUACGCAAGGGAUUGGCGAUGGCUAAGCGGAUCCAAUCCGGAGCUGUGCAUAUUAACAGCAUGACGAUUCACGAUGAGCCUGUUUUACCGCAUGGUGGAGUUAAGAAUAGCGGAUGGGGUCGAUUCAACGCUGAGGAAGGGUUGAAUGAGUUUUUGGUGACGAAGAGCGUCACUUGGAUGGACUAA